GAAGUGCAGAAGCGCUGGAGCGGUGUUUGCUAGUUAGCUGCAUGUUAGCACGAUUCAUCUUCACGGAAUUAAUAACGUAAAAGCUCCGCAAGCACUUUUAAUAACAACGGGGUUUUUUUGUCCGGUGAUCAUUUUGUUCAGAGCAAGAUGUCGGACAGAAAGCGAGCAAGAGAGAAGGAGGACAGACGACACCACAAGAGGGAGAAGAUACCAAAAGAUGAUUUGGAGAAACUGAAGAAGCACACGAAAAAAGUCAGCCAAGAAGUCCAGAAACUGAAACACAUCGAGACAUUCUAUGAGAAACCUCCACCGGGAUUUAUUAAGGAGCAUGAAGAAAAACCAGAGGACUGUAUCCCUGCAGAACCAGGAAAUGAAGAAGCUAGGAGCUUCCUGGCCCACGCUCCCACCAAAGGGCUGUGGAUGCCUCUAGGGAGGGAGGUGAAGGUGAUGCAGUGCUGGAGGUGCAAGCGCUACGGCCACAGGACAGGUGAUCGGGAGUGUCCUUUCUUCAUCACAGGCAACCAGAAACUGGAGCACUUCAGAGUGGCACACGAAGACCCAAUGUACGACCUGAUUCGGGAAAACAAAAGGAAUGAGAAGGAAACCAGGAUCCAGCAGCUGCAGCAACUGCUCCAGGACACCACUUCCUCUUCCGCCUCCGACUCAGACAGCUCCUCCUCUCCUUCAUCCUCCUCCUCUGAUCACCAUCGCAGAAAGAAGAGGAAAAAGAAGAAGGACAAAAAGAAGAAAGACAAAAAGAAGAGCAAGAGGAAGCGAAAGCACAAGUCCAAAACUAAUGACUCCUCCGAUUCAGACUGAGGGCAUGCUGAUACGCGAACUUGAGUAUUACGUGUUUUGCACAUAAAAAAGGAAAGAGACUGAAAUGCAGCACAGCGAGACCUGCACCCUGAAGACGCCCCCAUAAGCUUUUUCCCCUCAGGUUAAAAGCUGUUUAUGCACCAAGCAUGAUGACUUCUCCCUCACAUUUCUUUCCCCCCCCCAGGGCGACAACUCGCCUUUACGUCCUCUCCGUCGGCUCACACAGCACAGAGUCCGAUGGAACAGCAGCUUAAGUAUGAAUGUGUGCCUUGGUACAUAUGUUUGUCAAAAAGGAUUUGCUGCAUGGGUGGUGACUCUUCAGCGAGUAUGGAAUGAGCCUUCUGGUUUAAGAGAAUGUUCUUACAUCAAUUCUGGUAAGGUCAUAUUCAGAGAUUGUAUUUUUCUCUGGCAUUGCAUUCUUAUUAAAAACUUUGAUUGUAGAGUGCAUUAAAUGAAAAUGGGUGGAAAAAAUGUAAACGUUGGGGUGCUGUUAGAAUGUUUUUCCACACGAGCCAAAAUGUUUGAAUGCUUGUGACUGUACAUAAACAUUUGGAAAGAUUUGAGGUUGGAAUAUGCUUAUGUGCUCUGAGGAAGCCACAGAAAUGUGGAAAGAAUCUUUUGAGAUCUCUGCAUAGCCGUAUACAGAGACAUGCACUGCAGUACUAAAGUUUUCAAGUUUUCUUUAAGUAUAACGAUCAGGCUUUGCAAUGCUCUAGAUCGGGUUUCAAAUGUGAGGCCCAUGGGCCAGAAUCGGCCUGGCAAGGACUCCCAUCCGGCCCACUGGAUGGCUUUGGAAAAUGUAAAGGAGGGCUUAAAUUGUAUGUACUGUAUUUUAAUACAUUUUACUGCAUUUCCUACUGCUAAAAUCCUUCCUCAUGACCAUUCAUAUGACACCAAAGUAAUUAUGUCAAAAAUAAACAACUAAAUGACA